UGCGCAUGAACACGCCUGCCGCGCGGAAGUCGGAACGGAAUAUUUCGCGAGAAGGCGAGAACUGGCGAGAACCAGCGAGAACGCCAAGACAAAAUUUCAUAAGAGCUUGACGACCUUGGAUAUACGAAUUGAGCGAUGCCCUUAACAAAUUUAUUACCUGCACCUACACAAAUAUGGGACAGAGAAGAUGAGGCGCGAGAACAAAAAUUGCGCCAGAGGCCCGUCUCUGCACUGGUUAAGGCGGUCGUCACUGCACCUCCUUAUGGACAAAGACGAGGAUGGGUGCCACGCAAUCCAGAGGACUUUGGAGAUGGAGGGGCUUUUCCCGAGAUUCACGUUGCCCAGUACCCACUUGGAAUGGGAAUGAAGGGCAAGGAAUCCUCAAAUAAUGCUUUAGCGAUACAACUUGACGCUCAAGGGAAAGUCAAGUACGAUCUGAUAGCAAGACAAGGUCAUGGUAAAGAUAAAAUUGUUUAUAGCAAAUUGAGCGAUUUGCUACCAUCCGAAAUUACAAAUGAGGAAGAUCCUACCUUGCAACGACCAAUUGAUGAUGAAAUUGAUGAACUCACAGAUAAAACAAAAAAAGCAUUAGAAAAGAUAACGAGAUCAAAAAUUGCGGCAGCUAUGCCUGUGAGAUGUGCGGAGAAACAAGCUCCCGCCCAAUAUAUACGUUACACACCAUCACAGCAAGGCCAAACAUUUAAUUCGGGUGCAAAGCAGAGGGUUAUCAGAAUGGUGGAGGCACAAGUAGACCCUCUAGAACCACCCAAAUUUAAGAUUAAUAAGAAAAUUCCACGGGGACCUCCGUCUCCGCCAGCGCCCGUAAUGCAUUCUCCUACAAGAAAAGUGACAGUGAAGGAACAAAAAGAAUGGAAAAUUCCACCCUGCAUAAGUAAUUGGAAAAACGCUAAGGGUUAUACAAUCCCGUUAGACAAACGUCUUGCUGCAGAUGGUCGAGGGUUGCAACAAGUUCAUAUUAACGAGAACUUUGCCAAGCUAGCAGAAGCUCUUUAUAUCGCUGACAGAAAAGCUCGUCAAGCUGUAGAAAUGCGCGCGCAAUUAGAGAAGAAAUUGGCUCAGAAGGAGAAAGAGAAGAAGGAAGAUCACUUGAGGCAACUCGCGCAAAAGGCAAGAGAUGAGCGUGCUGGUUUGAAAUCUGCCGCUACGUUAGAUAAGAAUGAAGAAUCACGCGAGAGAGAUCAACUCAGACAAGAGCGGCAUAAGGAUCGCGCUCGCGAACGUAAUUUGGCUCGCGCCGCACCCGACAAACGUUCUCGUUUGCAACGGGAACGCGAGCGCGACAUUAGUGAGCAAAUUGCACUCGGCUUACCCGCAAAAAGUAUUCCUAAUACGGGCGAGGCACAAUUCGAUCAGCGUCUUUUUAACACCAGCAAAGGGAUGGACAGCGGUUACGGACACGACGACGAAUACAACGUUUAUGACAAGCCGUGGAAAGAUAGUAAUUCUAUCGCUUCGCAUAUUUACCGUCCUGGUAAAAAUAUCGAUAAAGAUACAUACGGCGAGGAUUUAGAGAAACUAGUUAAGACAAACAGAUUUGUUCCCGACAAGGAAUUUAGUGGGGUCGACAGAACGGUCCCACGAUCGGGACCGGUACAGUUUGAAAAAGACGAAGAUCCUUUCGGAUUGGAUCAAUUCUUAAAACAAGCUAAGCGCGCCAGUGGUAGCUCGACUACGACCACGAUGAAACGUAAAGAAGAACGCGAACAGCGUAGAGACGAUCGCGAGAAACGCAGGAAGCAUUAAACAUAUUUAGUACUUUUAUAAAGCGAGAUUUUUUUGAAAGUUUGUGUUAUGCAAAAAUAAACGAUUAAAAAUAUGGAACGUAAUAAUUUCCGCUCAUAAAGUGGAAUCCUGUAUAAUUUCUCUUAUAGUUCAGUAUUAAGUUCAUUAAAGCUUUUUUAUUAAAAUGCUAAACACAUUUACUUUUUCUUGAAGCAAGUAAUAAAAAGUGAAAGGAAAAAAAUUAUGGAUAAAGGCUUAAAUUUUAAUACACGUGUAUGGAACGUUUAAAGACGAAAAUCUUUUCGUCUGCGCGUUUAAUUUGUUUUAAGAACUUCGGAGAUGGAGUUUUUCCCGAGAUUCAUGUUGCCCAGUAUCCACUUGGAAUGGGAAUGAAGGGCAAGGAAUCGACAAGCAAUGCUUUAGCGAUACAACUUGACGCUCAAGGGAAAGUAAAGUAUGAUCGCAUAGCAAGAAAAUUUCUCAUUAUUUAUAAAAGUAAAUAAUGCGAGAUUUUAUCGAAAGUUUCCAUGUUAUGUAAAGAUAAACGAUUAAUAAUAUGGAACGUUUAAAGACGAAAAAGAUCUUUUCGGUCUGGAUACACGUGUAUUAAAAUUUGAGCCUCUAUCCAUAAUUUUUUUUCUUUUACUUUUUAUUGCAGCAAGAUUAACUCUGCGCCUGUACACUUAUUUUCACUAACGCGGUUUGUACACUGACCCCUUUUUGUUCUAUCCCUUUUUUUAAAUGUUAAAUACAUGCAAAAAAUCUGAAAAAAAUUCCUAAUUACUCUUGAGUGACUACAUUUUUAAUUUUAAUAAUUAUUUUCAUCAUUUAUUAAAGGGGAGCCAAGUUCCAUCUAUCACCAGUCUUGUGGUUACAAGUGCAAAAUUUCGCUUGUUCCCUUUUAGGGUCAGUGUACAAACGAAGGGUUAAAACUUACUUUAUCUUUACCAUGACCUUGUCUUGCUAUGAGAUCGUACUUUACUUUCCCUUGAGCGUCAAGUUGUAUCGCUAAAGCAUUGUUUGUUGAUUCCUUGCCCUUCAUUCCCAUUCCAAGUGGGUACUGGGCAACGUGAAUCUCAGGAAAAGCCCCUUCAUCUCCAAAGUCCUGUGUGCAACAUACAAUAUAUUAAACUACAAAUUAUAUAUAAGAGAAACUUUACAGGAUUCCACUUUAUGAGCGAAAAUUAUUACUUUCCUUAUUUUAAUUUAAUCUUGGAUUUUAUCACAGAAUGACGUGUAUUUAUCGCAUAUUUUGUGCUUUUAAACAGCAAUUAUUUAUUUUUGCCGUAACAUCGAAUAAACUUUCUAGAAAGAUGUUAGGUAAUAAACACAAUUAUAUGUGAAUAUAAAAUAUAUAAUUAAGAAGAAAAAUGUAAAUUAUACCUUUAAAUCUAUAAUCUUUAAAUUUUUAUUGAAGAAACUCUUUGUAAUGUAAGAAUUUAACAGAAAAGGUAUUUAAAUAUGCAAUUUAAAAAUAUGAAUUUGAAUUUGUAAGAUAUGAAUUUAAAGAUUGAUUCAAAUAUAUUUCUUUUUCAAUUCUAA